AGUUCACUGAGAUCAUAUGAUUUCCUGCGUGGCUUGUCACUGCAUGUCAGUGACAGCAGUCUUUUUAUAAAAAUCUGAAUGUGAGACCUCCCUGAUAAAUCAUACUUGUGCUUAAAGUAUAGAUCUACAGACUACUAUAGCUGUGAGUCCUCCAAUUUUUGCUGGAAUUUGAUACCUACCUAAAUAAAGAAUGCCGUCAGGAGGAGGCAGUGCAGGAGGAGGUGGUGGUGGAGGAGGAGGAGGCUUUGGUGGAGAAGGGGAGGGAUUCAGCAGUGACACUCCCAGUUCAAGCCGUUACUCGAGUAGUACCUACACAACAUCCCGGAGUAGUGACAAGGAUUCUAGCUGUGGGAUGUGCAUUGGAGUUGUUGUCGGGGUCGUAGUUACAUUAUUUGUUUUAUUUGUUUUGGGCAUGAUUAUUGGGCUUAGUGUUGCAGCAAAUUCGACAGGCGAGUCCAAUGAUGAUGAUUCUACUGUUACUAUUUCCACUGACUUCUACUCACCAGGGGAUAGUCGACUUCUGUCUCUAUCCUCGUUCUUUUGCGAUGGUGGUUCUCUUGAGCUCUCAUCCAAUUCAGUUGAUGCUGAACUGUUUCUUAUCGAUGACACGAGUAUACCGGCCCUGAAUGACACUAAUCAAUUUACUGUUUCUAUCGAGUCGACAAUUGAUUCAACGGAGUUUCGAUUCUGGCAGUAUCAUCUUUAUCCGAACUCCAACAUAUCAGUCUCUGUAUGCACAGAUCUGUUGGUUGAUGUAUACAUUGUGAAAGGCAAUGAUAAUGCAAACAGUUGGGCUAAUAACCCUAGCCAAGAUUUGGCUGAGAUGUUCCAAUAUGCACCUGCCUGUUGUAAUGAUUUGCCGAAUACAUCUACCAUUUCAUAUCGAGUCGAGCAAGAAGAUGAGUACUAUGUCAUUUUACACAAUUCACUCUCAAUGGAGAUCUCUGUGAACGCUUCUUUAUAUUUUGAGAGAACAGAAUACAGUGCCCCUGACUUAAACUCCAAGGAUUCGUGUAAUGUCAGUGAACAAGGAAAUUGCCUAGUAGGCAUUGACUAUAGCACUGGGUCUCAACAAUUCUUGGUUAUCACCUCCAUCCCCGAGCGUGUGGACUGGGGUGAGAACGUCAGAGUUUCGCUAAUUUGUGACCAGAGAGGAUGGGCCUAUGCAGUUGUUAUCUUGGUGCCCAUUUCUGUAAUAUUCGCCCUUAUUGUAGCAGUGGCGUUGGGAAUUGUCUGUUGUUGCAAAUGCAGUACUACUACCGAAUCAGCAAACAUCGAAAUGCCUCGAAGUGAUUUCCCUCCGACCAACAAUUCAGGAAGUGCUGACAAGAUUGACCCGGACUUCAACCCGGAUUAUCUACCGGAGAACAAAUUUUAAUAUUAUUUUAUUGUAGAUCUAAAUUUUAAUAUUAUUAUUUUAUUGUAGAUCUAGCUAGGCGUCUAUGUGUGUGAUUUGUAUGCUAGCUACGUACGGCCCGGUAAAACAGGUGUACAAUUUCAAUUUUCAAACCUCAGUUUGCCAUCAAACUAUUGACAGUAUAAGAUUGUGUGGUAAUGGUAGUUUUACUGAUUUUACAAUUAGAUCUACUUGUAAGCCACCUAGUCUGUGGGGGACCCCUACCCAGUAUUUAUUAGACAGGACAGCAUGCAGCCAAAGGUGCUCCUAAACGCACUAAAAACAAGCUCAUUUGUCCGUUUGGUGGUUGCUACACGUCUAAAGCACUCCUCUACGGACCCUCUGGAAGAUGUGCUGCCUCAGAAGUGGACAGAGUUAGGAGAGCGCAUACAGAAACAGGUGAUAGCCACGGGGUAUGAGCAUCUCCUGGCCAGACGGGCAUGUGUGAAGGAGAGCCUGGCCAAGAGAGGCAUGGAGACCGAUAUUGUGGACCAACUGUUAAAGACGCUAGAGAGGCACAACCUCAUUGUUGAGCGUGUGAAAUCCCUGGACAAAGAGAGAAAGAAUAACCAUGAGACAUUCAAUGCAGCCCAGAGUGAAGAAGAAAAGUCACUGGCUAAGGACAGAGGUGUUCAACUCAAACGAGACAUUGCAAAAUUUGAGGAAGAAAGACGAGAGUUGAAAGACAAGAUGAUGCCAGUCCUCACUCAGCUCCCGAACGAAGUACAUCCGCACACACCAGUGGGAGGCUAUAAAGAUUCGAGAGUGGUAGAGGAGCAUGGACAAAAGAGAAAGUUCAGUUUUCCUGUAAAGAGUCAUAUUGAGAUAGGGAAUCAGCUGGAUUUGUAUGAUUACAGAGGUUCUUCUAGUGCCUCUGUGAAUGGGUUCUGCUAUCUUAAGGGUGCAGCUGCAAUGCUGGAGAUGGCUCUGGUACAGUUUGCUUUACAAACUGCCGUAUCCAAGGGAUACACGCCAGUAAUUCCCCCCGACAUCAUACGAACAGAGAUGGUGGAGGGGUGUGGUUUCCAGCCGAGGGGGCCAUCCAGUCAGGUGUUUCAUGUGACCUCGAACCAUCACCGUGGGACCAAUCUCUGUCUAGCUGGGACAGCUGAACUGCCUCUAGCUGGCAUGUUUGUUGGCAAGAAUGUUCCGUUUAAACAGCUGCCCAUCAGGCUUGUUGCGUUUGGGAGGUGCUACAGAGCCGAAGCAGGAGGAUCCACACUGUUAGCUAAGGGCCUGUACCGACUGCACCAGUUCAGCAAGGUGGAGUUAUUCGGUGUGACGAGCCAGGAGACGGGGAGAGAGAGUGUGGAGUCCUUAGAGGAUAUGCUGAGUGUGCAGAAAGAGAUACUCUCAAGUCUGGGACUCCAUUACAGAGUGCUUGAGAUGGCCACUGCUGAGUUGGGUGCGCCAGCCUAUCGCAAGUACGAUGUUGAGGUCUGGAUGCCAGGACGUGGGGAAUAUGGAGAGGUAACCAGUGCCUCAAACUGUACCGACUAUCAGAGCAGACGACUGUCCAUCACUUACCCCAACCAAGAUGGCCGUCGUGAUAAGAGAGGAGUACUAGAGACCAAGUAUGCCCACACUGUGAAUGCAACUGGUUGUGCUGUGCCGAGGGUAAUCAUCUCUCUGUUGGAGAACUACCAGCAAGAGGACGGCAGCGUCCUUCUCCCGCACGCCUUGAGGCCUUUCCUACCAGAACAGUACUGGACUAUCAGAUAGCUAUAUUAUAGUGAACUAUUUAUGUUAAUUAUAAAUAUCAUGCUACUAGACACAUGUAAUUGUCAAAUCCAUUGAAGGCACAUA